AUGGAUAAUGAUUUUAGAAAUCAUCUUCUGAAAGAACACAAUCGUUUGAGAAAUUUUAUAGCAAGUGGUGAGGAAAAAAGGGGAGGUGCUACGUCUGCGGCCAAUAUGAUGGUUCUUAAUUACGAUUUUGAUCUCGAAUUUUCAGCUUCUUGCACCGCUAAUAAAUGUGAAAUGAAACACGAUAAAUGUAGACGUACCAAAAAAUUUACAUCUGCAGGACAAAAUCUUCAUUCAGGAUCUUCACAAAAAUUACAAAUGACAGCAGUAAACGCGUGGUAUGCGGAAAUUGUACAUAUGUCUGCUGACGAUUUCGAUAAGUUUGAAUUUAGGUCAGAAAUUGGACACUUUACUGAAGUUGUCUGGGCUAAGACGACGCACAUUGGAUGCGCAAGAGCGUACGAAGGAAAAAACUAUUUUUUGGCUUGUAAUUACGGCCCUUCUGGAAAUAUUGUUGGUGCCGCUGUUUACAAAAGAGGAGAACCUGCAUCUAAAUGUCCCACUAACGUGAAUAAAAGUCGAAAGUAUCCAAACCUAUGCGGAAUUGCUUACGAUGCUAAUGUCGCAGUACAUUUGCAUGCUAUACAAAAUAUAAUAUAUGGCUGUAUAUUUACUUCACUUUUUGUAGUUUUUUACAGUUCUAAUUGUAGGUUAUUCUAA